AUGUGGGAAUCGGAACUGAUUCAAAGGGAUCGGCAAUUAGCUCUUCUACUACUCGAUGCGGAAAACAAUGUAGCUUCGCGUUUUCCAAAGUUUGUCAAUCUAGUCGCUUUCUUAGAGAGGCGUGCGCAAUCAUUAUUAGUUAUCAGCGCUGAUAAAGAGGACAAGAAAACUCCUCAGCCAGCUAACUCAAAUUCGGGUCCUCGUAAGGUUUACCACGCACAAGCCUCCGGUUCCGGGAGAAACAAGCCGACGACAUGCUCUAUUUGCUCAGGCGAGCAUCUUAUUACGCACUGCCCUACCUUUCUAGCGAAGAAUGUGCACGACCGACUGAGCGACGUGCGUCGGCUAAGACUUUGUUAUAAUUGCUUGAGCACGCAAAAUCUUAAAGACUGCAAAUCGAAGCACUCGUGUAAGACUUGUAACCGGAGACAUCACUCCCUGAUUCACUUCAACAAACGGAAUAACAAUGGCAAUGAUGACACCAAGGUUCAAGCUAACGUUGCUCAAAAUCGCGUGCAAACAAGCGUAAUCGGAGUAGGUGGUUGUAAAGCGGGGACUGUUAAAUCGGCGACUUGCUUCACGUUGCAAUCGCAAGUUGACGUGAACUUCAAACUCGAAGUCAAUGCUUUUGUGCUGCCGCGACUUACUUCAGCGUUGCCUUCUAGAAGCCUUGUCCAGUUCAAUCUUCACCAAUUCAAAAGGUUACGUCUUGCGGAUCCACAGUUCCACAUUUCGGAUCGCGUCGACCUAAUGAUAGGUGCUGACUUGUAUGGCCAAUUGCUUCUUUCGGGUGUGAAAAACUUCACCAACACGCUAGUAGUCGCGCAAAAUACCGCGCUCGGCUGCGUAGUAUCGGGCCCUACGCACGGCAGUACGCCACGGCGGGCGGUACCUGCUAAUCAAGUUACGGUCAAGGCGCUACGAUGUGAGGUUAAUGAUGAUUUAAGCGAAAUUAUCCAGAGAUUUUGGACCGUUGAAGAAGUGCCGGUCAUUACCAAUAAACUAAAGCCAGCUGACGAGGAGUGUGAAAGAUUUUUUACGGACACACAUGCGCGCGAUCGGGACGGACAUUUUCGAGUUCGCCUCCCUUUAAUCGGCGAACCGCCGAUCGUGGCCGCGGAAACACGACGAAUGGCUUUGGGUUCUCUUAAACAUCAGCAUAGACGCAUCUCAAACGAUCCGGAAUUAGCAAGCGCGUACGUUGAAUUCAUGCAGGCUUAUGAAGAUCUAGGUCAUAUGGAACGUGUCCUUCGAGCAGAGAUAAAUAACGCGCGAGCCUGGUACCUACCCCACCAUAUAGUUGUCACCGGUACCCCCUUGCGAAAGAAGUAUCGCGUAGUUUUCGAUGCCUCGCGUAAAACGCUCGCCAAAAAUUGCUUAAAUGACUUUCUCAUGGUCGGCCCACCCCUCCAAAGAGACCUCGUGCUUAUUCUACUAAAUUGGCGUCGAUUUCGUUACGGGUUUACAGCAGAUAUCGUGAAGAUGUUUAGGCAAAUACGUGUUGCGCGAGAAGAUCAGGAUUUCCAACGAAUCAUAUGGUCUCCUUCGCCACAGCAAGCGCCAAUCGAAUACCGCUUAACAACGGUCACUUACGGCACGGCUUGUGCUCCUUAUUUGGCGAUUCGCACGCUAUUGCAGUUAGCUCGCGACGAAAAAUCGCGUUAUCCUUUAGGCGCUGAAUGCUUAGAAGCAAACACGUACGUGGACGAUACGUUCUCGGGAGCAGACGAUCUCCCCACCGCUAUACGUAAACGCGACGAACUCGUGCAAAUUCUCAAAACUGCAGGUGUCGAAUUGGAUAAAUGGGCUGCAAAUUAUGUGGACUUGCUGCCUCCACGCGACCGAUCUAACGAUAGCGGCGUAAUCAAAGAAAUCGACACCAGCAGUGACGUCAAAACGCUUGGCGUACACUGGAAGCCUUCCUCCGACGAGUUUAGCUUCAGCGCACCCAGUCUUAAGCACGGUAGCACAAAAUUAACGAAGCGAGCUCUGUACUCCGAGAUUGCAAGGUUAUUUGAUCCGCUAGGUUGGCUCUCUCCAGUCACGGUUGUCGCGAAAAUCAUAAUGCAGGACUUGUGGAUUGAAAAGUGCGAUUGGGACGAACCGGUAUCAGUCGAGAUCUAUAAUAGGUGGCAAAAUUAUCGUCAAUCCCUCGCAGCUCUACCCACUCUCUCGGUUAAUCGCUGGCUCGGCUUAGCUCAAAACGCAUCGUUUAAGAUUCACGGCUUUUCGGACGCAUCGUCCCGUGCUUACGCUGCCGUCGUGUACAUCCGCAUUACUUUCAGUAACGGUCAGUCACGAAGUGAAUUAGUUGGUGCUCGGACAAAGGUCGCUAGCGUGAAAACAAUCAGCAUUCCGAAUCUUGAGCUUUGUGGCGCGACCUUACUGGUAAAAUACGUGCGUUAUUUGCAAAAAUUAGAUUUCUUGAAGACUGCGUCGGUUCGUUUGUGGUCUGACAGUCAAAUCGUCCUCACGUGGCAUAAGAAACAUCCUUGUCACUGGAAAACUUUCGUCGCGAAUCGGGUAUCGUUGAUACGAACCGAAUUGCCAUCAGCUACGUGGGCUCACGUUCCUACAAAACAAAAUCCCGCUGAUUUGGCCACGCGAGGUGCUACGCCCACCGAAUUGAAGUCAGCUGACUUGUGGUGGCAUGGACCCACCUGGCUCGUUUCUGAACCGCAAAAUUGGCCGCAACAACCAAGAGCAGUGCAAGCACUGCAUACCCAACGGGGAUUGACAAAGAUCGAGCCGGUGCUUCUGUCACGAUACUUUAGUUUAAGACGUCUCUUGCGCAUAACGGCUUGGAUGUUGCGACCGAUUCUUCAACGGCGACGUUCCAAUGCCGGUCAAGGCUUUUAUGCUAAACUGCGACUUUGCGUAGAAGAGCUCGACAACGCGCGAGCGGUGCUUAUAAAGCUCACGCAAGCUCACGCCUAUGCUGGAGAAAUCACGCUCUUACGGGCUCACAAACCUCUGCCGAAGCACAAUUCGCUGUGCAAACUGACGCCGUUUCUCGAUUACGACGGUAUCUUGCGAGUCGGGGGUCGGUUGAGCAACGCGAAUCUGCCGUGUCACGUUCAACAUCCGCCGAUAUUACCACGCGAUUCCGCUAUUAGUCGACUUUACGUACGAGAUGCUCACGAGCGAGCGCUUCACGGUGGACCUACACUGACUACGAGUAUUCUGUUGCGUUUUGCGUGGAUUAUUGGAAUGCGUCCCUUAGUUAAGUCUGCGAUACACAAAUGCGUCCCAUGUCAACGACAUAAACCACGCUUGGCCCAUCAACUUAUGGGUAACCUGCCAGCUGAACGAGUAACCCCGAAUCGCCCCUUCACGAUAACAGGCUUGGACUACGGAGGCCCUAUCCGGGUACGAAUUUCCAAAGGUCGCGGCCAGCAUGCUUACAAGGGCUACAUCGUCGUUUUUAUUUGCUUCGCUACGAAGGCCAUACAUUUGGAACUGGUUAGUGAUUUAACCACCAAAUCGUUCAUUGCUCCCUUUCGAAGAUUUGCGAGUCGGAGAGGCCUGUGCAAGCUCCUUUUUAGUGACAACGCCACUACUUUCAAGGGAGCCGACGCGGAACUUCGAGCGAUGUUUCAAGAGGCUUCAACAUUCUACAAGGACAUUGCGAAGGUGCUAGCUGACGAUGGUACUUCGUGGACCUUCAUACCACCAACUACGCCGCAUUACGGUGGCCUCUGGGAGGCUGGCGUGAAGUCCACGAAGAAUCUGUUAAAGAAAACUAUUGGCGAGCACACACUUACAUUCGAAGAACUGACGACCGUUUUGGUGGAAAUCGAGGCCUGCCUUAACUCACGUCCGCUCUGCCCUUUAACUACAGACCCCGAAGACCUGCAAGCUCUCACGCCGUCUCAUUUUCUUCUCGGCGCAGCCUCGGGAGUUGUUCCAGACCAACCUACACCAGCAGUUCCCGAGAACCGACUUGGCCGCUUUCAAUUAUUGCAACGAAAGAGGAAAGUGGCGAACGCCAGCAGUCAACUUCGCCGUGGGACAGCUAGUACUGAUCAAGGACGACCGUUAUCCAGCUGCAAAAUGGCCUCUUGGUCGCGUAAUUGA